CCGGGCUUGCGGUGAUAGUCGGUCAAAGUGGACGAAGACCAGAAUAGUCUCUUUUGUUUAUUGGACUGUUGAGCAGGGGCGCCCAGCGACCGCACGUUGAUCUUCUGCGCCUAUGCGUUUUCUUUUUCCGUUUCCUUCUCAGAGUGGUCCCACGAGGGUUGCUAGGCAACAUCCCCUGGAUUGUUUUGGAUUAGAGUCUCUGCGCUGUUUCGGGCCCGAGAAAGGAGCCGCUACCGUCCUGCUCUUCCGUGAAGGGGUCAGGGUUGCUGAUGGCCCUGCAGUGGAGGGGACUUGACUUGCACGACUAAAGAUUGACAGUGAAGAUUAACAUUUGAAUUUCAGGAUGAGCUUUCUGUUGCCCAAGCUGACUAGCAAAAAAGAAGUAGAUCAGGCAAUAAAAAGCACUGCAGAGAAGGUGUUGGUUCUCAGGUUUGGGAGAGAUGAAGAUCCUGUCUGCCUGCAGCUAGAUGACAUUCUUUCUAAGACCUCUUCUGACUUAAGUAAAAUGGCUACUAUAUACCUGGUAGAUGUGGACCAAACUCCAGUUUAUACACAGUAUUUUGACAUCAGUUAUAUUCCAUCUACUGUAUUUUUCUUCAAUGGGCAACAUAUGAAAGUGGAUUAUGGAUCUCCAGAUCACACCAAGUUUGUAGGAAGUUUCAAAACCAAACAAGAUUUCAUAGAUUUGAUUGAAGUAAUCUAUCGAGGAGCAAUGAGGGGAAAACUUAUUGUCCAAAGUCCUAUUGAUCCCAAGAAUAUUCCCAAAUAUGACCUUCUCUAUCAAGACAUUUAGCACAGUGACUGCUGUCAGAGAUGAAGAGGGGCACAUCUGGAAAUGGUGCCUAAAUCCAGCAGUGCUGUUUUUCUGGGGUCCUUCGGAAACAUCUUCAGCAUCGCAGCAGAAAAGAGGUUUGACUUGUAUGUAAAAAUACCCGGCCCCUGAGUGGAAGAGCACACUGGCAGUCUGAUGAUCUGGGAUGCCUCAGCGUCUGCUCCCUGCCAGCUGCAGAGCAGUCAAGUCAAUGGUGGUGUCUCCCAGGGUGAUUUUUUAAACUUCUCUUUAUAGUGUGCUUUUCUUUAUCCCUUAAGAUAAUAAAGAAUCCUCUUAAAUAUUAGCUACCACAAUUUGAGGUAACCAUUUUUAUUUGAUAUACAAGUAAAAUGGAAAAUCAAUUCCCAUAGAGCAAAAAUACUUAAUUUUUACCCUAGAUGCACACACACACACCCUCACCUGUUCCUCUGCUCAUAUGUUCCUUAUGCUCUCCUAUCUCCUGUUCUUAUUACCCCAGUUUCUCUUGGAAUAAAUAAUUCCCUACUGAUAGCAGGCAAAUAUGUUUUAUUUUGGAAACUUUCUGGCUUAAACUUAUAAAACACUGUCCUGGUUGACUCAUUUUACUAGCUUUUAUGUUAUUAAAUUGCCCAAGAAGUGAGAAUUGAGCCUUCACUAUGAAGCAUCCAGUUUGAUCUACACAAGGAAUUGACUACCCUUAGUAAGCAGGAGCAGAUCUCUUCCAGAAGUCAGAGUUGCUGCCUUUUCCUGAGGCAGAAAAUUGUAUUUCAAGGGCUGAAGACUGAAAAGAUGUCAGAAUUGUUGGAAAGAAAUACCACAUUGAUGAGAUUUGCCUGUUUUCAUAACUUUAUGAAGAAUUCUUGCUCUUCCAGGGCCCCCGGCACAACCGUGGGCAAGUCCCUGCUCCUCUCAAAACCUCUGUUUUUUCCUCUCCCCCACUCCCUGCCUUUGAUUAUAAUCAUGAUGUGUGGAGACACAGCAGCCACCUUAGUAUCAUGAGGCAACCAGCAUCAGGAGGAAAAAUCAGUAUGCCGAGAGUGAUGAUGAAGGGAGCCUUGUCCCUGAUGAGGUGUUAAACUCCCGAGUGAACUCUGGACCUGCCUCCCUCCAGGCUUCUUUGAAACAAUAAAAUGUCUUCAUUGCCUGUCA